GGCCGAACGCUUUUUGCUUCGCUCCUCGGGUUGGUUUGGUCCUGGCUGAGGCCUUCCUGGUGCCAGCAGCGGGCGAGGCAGGGGGAUUUGGGGCCGGUCUCGAGGGUGGAGGGGCACCUGGGCCACUGCGGGAGCCCCACCGCCGUCCCUGGGAAGCCGGCCGCGGACACCCGAAGCUGGCGCGUGCCGUGUUGAGCUAGUUCACCCGGCGCCUGCAGGGCUCGCCUGAGGAUGGUCUGGAAGCGUGGUGGGUGUGCGGAACCCCCACUUCACCCUCUCCUGAGUGAAGAAUUGGUUUAGGGACAUCUGACAGGUGCAGCUGCCUCACUUGUGGUAUCAGAUGUUAGAACAUGGGGCUCACCAGGCAGUACCUACGCUAUGUUGCCAGUGCAGUCUUUGGCCUUAUUGGCAGCCAGAAGGGUAAUAUUGUCUUUGUGACACUUCGUGGUGAAAAAGGACGCUAUGUGGCAGUACCAGCCUGUGAACAUGUUUUCAUCUGGGACUUAAGGAAAGGAGAGAAGAUUCUCAUCCUUCAGGGGCUUAAACACGAAGUCACUUUCUUGUGCCCCUCCCCAGAUGGGCUGCACUUAGCUGUUGGUUAUGAGGAUGGGUCUAUCCGAAUCUUCAGUCUCCUGAGUGGGGAAGGAAAUGUGACCUUCAAUGGACACAAAGCAGCAAUCACUUCCUUGAAGUAUGAUCAGCUAGGAGGCAGGCUGGCAUCUGGGUCCAAGGACACAGAUACUAUCGUGUGGGAUGUGAUCAAUGAAAGUGGCCUCUACCGUCUAAAGGGGCACAAGGACGCUGUUACACAAGCAUUGUUUCUACGAGACAAGAAUCUGCUAGUUACUAGUGGGAAAGAUACCAUGGUGAAAUGGUGGGACCUUGAUACCCAGCACUGCUUCAAAACAAUGGUCGGCCACCGAACUGAGGUGUGGGGGUUGGUUCUGGUGUCAGAAGAAAAGCGACUCAUCACUGGGGCUUCUGACAGUGAGCUGAGGGCUUGGGACAUAGCUUACCUGCAAGAGAUUGAAGACCCAGAAGAACCAGAGCCCAAGAAAGUCAAAGGGUCUUCCCCUGGAAUACAGGACACACGUGAAGCAGAGGAUGGUACCCUUGAGAUGGAUGAAGCUCCUGAGGAUCGCAUCCUUACAUGUAGAAAAGCUGGUUCCAUAAUGCGGGAAGGAAGGGACAGAGUUGUGAACCUUGCAGUCGACCGGACAGGCAGGAUUCUUGCUUGCCAUGGGACUGAUUCUGUGCUAGAAGUGUUUUGUAUCCUUUCCAAGGAGGAAAUUCAGAAGAAAAUAGACAAGAAGAUGAAGAAAGCUAAAAAGAAAGCAAAAUUAAAUUCUUGCAAAGAGGAGGAGGAAGACCUUGAAGUCAAUGUUGAAAUGACUCUGCAAGAUGAAAUCCAACGGGUGACUAAUAUCAAAACUUCUGCCAAAAUCAAAUCCUUUGACUUGAUUCAUACUCCUCAAGGAGAGUUAAAGGCUGUCUUCCUUCUGCAAAACAACUUGGUGGAAUUAUAUUCACUGAAUCCAUCCAUGUCAGCUCCUCAGACUGUCAGAACAAACAGAAUUACCAUCGGGGGUCAUCGCAGUGAUGUGCGGACUUUGUCAUUCAGCUCAGACAAUAUCGCUGUCCUUUCAGCAGCAGCUGAUUCCGUUAAGAUAUGGAACAGGUCUACACUGCAGUGUAUUCGCACGAUGACCUGCGAAUAUGCACUUUGCUCAUCCUUUGUACCUGGUGAUCGGCAGGUGGUCAUAGGAACAAAGACAGGAAAACUGCAGCUUUAUGACUUGGCCUCAGGAAAUCUGCUGGAGACAAUAGAUGCGCAUGAUGGAGCUUUAUGGUCCUUGUCUCUCUCUCCAGAUCAGCGUGGCUUUGUGACAGGUGGUGCAGAUAAAUCUGUCAAGUUCUGGGAUUUUGAGUUGGUGAAAGAUGAAAACAGUACCCAGAAGAGGCUUUCUGUGAAGCAAACCCGAACCUUGCAACUAGAUGAAGAAGUUCUGUGUGUCAUUUACUCUCCCAAUCAAAAGCUGUUGGCUGUGUCUUUGCUGGACUGUACUGUGAAAGUUUUCUAUGUUGAUACUUUAAAGUUUUUUCUCUCACUGUAUGGACACAAACUGCCUGUCAUAUGCAUGGACAUCUCUUAUGAUGGAGCACUGAUAGCAACUGGCUCUGCUGACAGGAAUGUGAAGAUCUGGGGUCUGGACUUUGGGGACUGCCACAAGUCUCUGUUUGCACAUGAUGACAGUGUGAUGUACCUAAAAUUUGUACCCAAGUCUCACCUCUUCUUCACUGCUGGGAAAGACCAUAAGAUUAAGCAGUGGGAUGCAGACAAAUUUGAACACAUACAAACUCUGGAGGGGCAUCACCAGGAAAUAUGGUGCUUGGCUGUAAGCCCCAGUGGGGACUAUAUUGUAUCAUCGUCCCAUGACAAAUCUCUGAGACUUUGGGAGAGAACAAGGGAGCCUCUUAUUCUUGAGGAAGAAAGGGAGAUGCAAAGGGAAGCAGAAUAUGAGGAGAGUGUGGCCAAAGAAGACCAACCAGUAGUUCCGGGAGAGACUCAAGGUGACAAUUACUUUACUGGAAAGAAAACUAUUGAAACAGUCAAAGCAGCUGAGAGGAUCAUGGAGGCUAUUGAGCUAUACAGAGAAGAAACUGCAAAAAUGAGAGAACACAAAGCCAUUUGUAAAGCUGCAGGGAAAGAGGUUCCUCUUCCCAUCAACCCCAUCCUGAUGGCUUAUGGCAGUAUCUCUCCUUCAGCUUAUGUGUUGGAGAUUUUUAAAGGAAUCAAGUCAAGUGAGCUGGAAGAAUCUCUGCUUGUGCUGCCUUUCUCUUACGUCCCAGACAUUCUUAAGCUCUUUAAUGAAUUCAUCCAGCAGGGCUCUGAUAUUGAACUUCUAUGUAGGUGCCUCUUCUUUCUCCUCAGGAUUCACUUUGGCCAGAUCACUAGCAACCAAAUGCUUGUGCCAGUGAUUGAAAAAUUAAAGGAAACAACUAUUUCAAAAGUCAGCCAAGUCCGGGAUGUUAUCGGCUUCAACAUGGCAGGUCUUGAUUUUCUCAAGAGGGAAUGUGAGGCAAAAAGUGAAGUUAUGUUUUUUGCUGAUGCUACCAGCCACUUGGAAGAAAAGAAGAGGAAAAAGAAAAAGAGGGAGAAGCUGAUUUUAACAUUGACUUAGAACUGAAAUGUGGUGCCUUUUUCAACUUUGUCUUGAAAAGGACUUCCAAACUAAGCAGCAGAACCUAUGAAUGUGAUCUUAUUUGGAAUUUGGGUCUUUACAAAUAUAAUUAGUUAAGAUUGGUCAUUCUAGAUAAGAUUAAAUCCAAUGAUUUGCUUUUAUAAGAAUGCCAUGUGAUGGACAGCUACAUGUAAAAGAAUGAAAUUAGAACAUUCUCUAACAAACACCAUACCCCAAAAUAAACUCAAAAUGGAUCAAAGACCUAAAUGUAAGGCCAGACACUAUAAAACUCUUCGGGGAAAAUAAAGAACACCCUUUGACGUAAACCUCAGCAAUAUCUUUUUGGAUACACCUCAUAGAGUAAGGAAAAUAAAAACAAAAAUAAACAAAUGGGACCUAAUUAAACUUAAAGCUUUUGCACAACAAAGGAAACCAUAAACAAAAUGAAGAGACAGCCCCCAGAAUGGGAGAAAAUAUCUGCAAACAAAGCAACCAACAAGGGAUUAAUCUCUAAACUAUACAAACAGCUCUACGUUAAAAAAAAAAAACAAGGCACAUGAAAAGAUGCUCAACAUCACUAAUUAUCAGAGCAAUGCAAAUCAAAACUACAAUGAGGUACUACCUCACAUCGGUCAGAAUGUCCAUCAUCAAAAAGUUUACACACAAUAAAUGAUGGAGAGGGUGUGGAGAAAAGGGAACCCUCCUACACUGUUGGUACCACCACUAUGGAGAACAGUAUGGAGGUUCCUUAAAAAACUAAAAAUAGAACUACCAUAUGAUCCAGUAGUCCCACUCCCGGGCAUAUAUCUGGAGAAAACCAUAAUUCAAAAAGAUACAUGCACCCCAGUGUUCACUGCAGCACUAUUUAGAAUAGCCAAGACAUGGAAGCAACGUAAAUGUCCAUUGACAGAUGAAUGGAUAAAGAAGAUGUGGUACAUAUAUACAAUGGAAUAUUACUCAGCCGUAAAAAAUAAUGAAAUAAUGCCAUUUGCAGCAACAUGGAUGAACCGAGAGAUUAUCAUCCUAAAUGAAGUAAGUCAGACAGAGAAAGACAAAUAUCAUACGAUAUCACUCAUAUGUGGAAUUAAUUAAAAAAUGAUACAAAUGAACUUAUUUACAAAACAGAAACAGACUUACAGAUAUCAAAACAAACUUAUGGUUUCCAAAGGGGAAAUGUGGCGGGGAGGGAUAAAUCAGGAGCUUGGGAUAAACAUACACUACUAUAUAUAAGGUAGAUGGCCAACAAGGACCUGCUGUAUAGCACAGGGAACUCUAUUCAAUGUUGUGUGAUGACCUAUAUGAGAAAAGAAUCUAAAAUAGAAAUAAUAUAUGUAUAUGUAUAACUUAAUCACUUUUCUGUACACCUGAAACUAGCACAACAUUGUACAUCUAUACUCCAGUAAAAUUAAAAUUAAAAAAAAAAA